CGCUGUGUUUCCCCUCCAGGCCUGCGGGGGGCGGCAGAGGGCGCUGCAGCUUCAUGUUUUUAUGAGCAGAAGAAGGAAGUGGACCAUGUGAGCAGCAGCAGUGGAAACAUGGCGGUGUCUCACAGAGCAGCUCGUCUGUGUCUCCUCUUAGGACGGACCGUUACCUCCCUGUCGGCCAGGAGGACUGUCAGUGUGCCGGAGAGGAGGUGCUACGUCUCCACCUCCACCUGCAGCAAUCUGCAGUUCAAGCUUGAUGAGAGAACAGCCCACAGCAGUCUGGACCUCUUUAAGAAAGACACUGGCAUCAUCUACCGCAUCCUGGGCCUGGACCCCAGCAAAGUGCAAGACAACCCGGAGCGUUUCCGGGACUGGGCUGUCGUCUUUGGCGAUGAGAAGAUCAGUAGCGGACGACACUACUGGGAGGUGACGGUCAAAAAGUCUCAAGAGUUUCGUCUGGGUGUGGCUGAGGUGUUGAUGUCCCGGGACGACUGCGUGGGGACCGACAGCUCCUCCUGGGUGUUCAGCUACGCUCAGCGCAAGUGGUUCGCCAUGACCAGCAAUAAGAUGGUUCCUGUGACGAUUGUAGGCAAGCCGGACCGUGUAGGCAUCCUGCUUGACUACGACGCGGGCCUCCUGGCUCUGGUGGACAUCGAGAAGCCCAGGAUCAUUCACAGCGUCAGGGCAAAGUUCAAGGUUCCUCUGUGCCCUGCGUUUGGACUUUGGGACGGGGAGUUGCUCACACACUCUGGUCUGGAGGAGCCUGAUGGCCUGAAAUGAUGCAGAUUAACCUGUGAUGGCGAUGAUUCUGAUGGUGGUGACACAGAGUUGCCUGGGUUUAGUACCAUGGCAGCACUUAUUACAACAUAAUCUUCAAUGCAGGAAAGAAAGCAAUAUCUUCCUUGGGAAUCAUUCAGCGCUUAUUGUGAUGGUUAUUUUUCUUUGUGCCAGCUGUUUUCAUAAAGACUGUUCAUAGUAUAUAGUGCAUUUGGAAAGUAUUUAGACCUCUUCAUUCCACCUUAUGCUAAAAUAAAACAAUAUGUAUAUUUUCCUACUUAUCAAUCUACACUUCAUUAUCAUUUUAUUCAUUUACAAACAAAAAAUAUUUUUUAGGAAAUUAUAUAAUGAAUUUGAUUUUAGCCAAAGGUUGUUAUAGAGAAAAAAAUGGAGGUGUUAGAAUUUUUCUGAUUGCAUUAUUGUUGCAUACUGUAUUUGACACGUGUUAUCCAGCCUCAGGCAAUCAUUUCACAGAAGCUGUUUUUGUGUGUACCUCAUAUAUGUCCACUAACCGACGUGAAAAGGAUGUGAGCUUGUUUUUGGGAACACUAACUGCCAAGCUGUCAUUUUUGUAUUCUUUGUGUUCAGACUACAGACCGUUUCAAAUCCCAAAAAUCUGCACAAAAGCUUUUCCAGCCUCAUGUUCAUACUGAGUAUUGUUUUACAAAAUAACGUCACUGAAACUACAUUCACAGUCCAUUUAUUUACAGCAGGAAAAUACAUAUUUACAGCGACAGAGUAAAGCUAAUGUCAUGCUGAGGAGUCGUUUGUUUGCCAUAGUUCAACUCAAAUAAAACUGUGAAUAAAAUGCGCUGAUUUGAGAAGAUUCAA